AUGAGCAUUGUCCGUUUGUCCUACUGGACUCGACGUACACACACAAACACAGCAGCAGCACAAGAGCGACUUGAUCCUGACACGAGAUGCCGACGCAGUACAUCUCCCUCUCUUUCUUUUUCCCUCUCUCUCUCUCUCCCUCUCUCUCUCUCUCUCUUCCUUGCUCUUUUGGCGUGGACUGAGUGCGAUGCUGACCGACUGUUUCUACGAUCACUUAGUCUUCCGUCUCGUUGUGGAAAUGGCAUAAGCUUUGCUGGGUUACUCGAAAUCAUGAAGCCGGCCCAGUUGUGCAGUGCUAACUACCCUUGCACCCUUCACGCUGUCUGCUUGCUAUAG